CAGACCAGGUCACUGGUGCCUCACAUUUGGAGGAGUUGAGACCUGAGGAGGGUAAUCAACUGUUGCGUCUUCAAGGUAGCCAAUGCUCAUUGUGAAUACAUGGACACCAUUGCACCUUCUGGUUUACAGCCUGAGGAAAGAGCCUCAAGCUGCCUACAGGAGGAUGUGCCCUCAGAUAGCUCAGAACUGGUGCAGAAAUGCCUUCAACAAUUCAAGGUGACGAGGAAACAGCUACAGCAGAUCCAAGUCAGCCUUCUGCGUUCCAUGGAGCAGGCACUGAUGGAACAGAACAAUCCUGCUCCUGCUGUCCGGAUGUUGCCCACAUAUGUAGGGUCCACACCACAUGGCACUGAGCAAGGAGACUUCCUAGUGCUGGAGCUGGGGGCUACCGGGGCCUCACUGCGUGUGUUAUGGGUUACUCUGACGGGCACUGAAGAACAUAGGGUAGAGCCCAGGAGCCAGGAAUUUGUGAUCCCCCAAGAGGUGGUACUGGGUUCGGGCCAGCAGCUCUUUGACUUUGCUGCCUGCUGCCUGUCUGAAUUCCUGGAUGCACACCCUGUGGGCAAUCAGGAUUUGAAGCUUGGGUUCAGUUUCUCCUUCCCUUGUCACCAGACAGGCUUGGACAAGAGCACCCUUAUUUCCUGGACAAAAGGUUUUAAGUGCAGUGGUGUGGAAGGCCAUGAUGUAGUCCAGUUGCUAAGAGAUGCCAUUCAGAGGCAAGGGACCUACAAUAUUGAUGUUGUUGCUGUGGUGAAUGACACAGUGGGCACCAUGAUGGGCUGUGAGCUGGGAGCUGGACCAUGUGAGGUUGGGCUUAUUGUAGACACUGGCACCAAUGCAUGCUACAUGGAGGAGGCACGGCAUGUGGCAGCACUGGAUGAGGACCGUGGCCGCACCUGUGUCAGCAUCGAAUGGGGCUCCUUCAAUGAUGAUGGGGCCCUGGGGCCAGUAAUGACCAUCUUCGACCAUGCCCUGGAUUAUGAGUCUCUGAAUCCUGGUGCCCAGAGGUUUGAGAAGAUGAUUGGGGGUUUGUACUUGGGUGAACUGGUACGGCUGGUGCUGGCUCACUUGGCCCAGCAUGGGGUCCUCUUUGGUGGCUGCACCUCUCCUGCCUUGCUGAGCCGAGGCAGCAUCCUCCUGGAGCAUGUGGUGGAGAUGGAGGACCCCUUUACUGGAGCAGCCCAUGUCCAUGCAGUCCUGCAGGACUUGGAUCUGAGCCCACAAGCCUCAGAUGCCGAACUUGUGCAGCAUGUGUGUGCAGCUGUGUGCACACGGGCUGCCCAGCUCUGUGCAGCUGCUCUGGCUGCAGUCCUGUCCCGUCUCCAGCACAGCAGGGAGCAGCAGACACUGCAGGUGGCUGUGGCCACUGGAGGGCAAGUGUUUGAAGUGCACCCCAGGUUCCGCAGCAUCCUGAAGGAGAUGGUAAUGCUCUUGGUUCCAGAAUGUGAUGUCUCCUUUAUCCCGGCUGUGGAUGGUGGUGGCCAGGGUGUGGCCAUGGUGACUGCUGUGGCUGCCCGCCUGGCUGCCCACAGGCACCUCCUGGAGGAGACCCUGGCACCAUUUCAGUUGAACUGUCAGCAGCUGAUAGUGGUUCAGGCACAGAUGCGGGAAGCCAUGAUCAGAGGGCUCCAAGGAGAGGCCUCCUCCCUCCGCAUGCUGCCCACUUAUGUACGAGCCACACCUGAUGGCAGUGAACGAGGUGACUUCUUGGCUUUGGACCUGGGGGGCACCAACUUCCGGGUCCUUUUGGUACGUGUGGCCAAGGGCAGUGUGCAGAUUACCAACCAGGUCUACUCCAUCCCUGAGUGUGUGGCUCAGGGCUCUGGACAAGAGCUCUUUGAUCAUAUUGUGGAUUGCAUCGUGGACUUCCAGCAGAGGCAGGGCCUGAGUGGACAGAGCCUCCCCCUGGGUUUCACCUUCUCCUUUCCAUGCAAGCAGCUUGGCCUAGACCAGGGCAUCCUCCUGAACUGGACUAAGGGUUUCAAUGCAUCAGGUUGUGAGGGCCAAGAUGUGGUAUGUCUAUUACGGGAAGCCAUCGGGCGCAGACAGGCAGUAGAGCUGAAUGUGGUUGCCAUUGUCAAUGACACGGUGGGAACCAUGAUGUCCUGUGGCUAUGAUGAUCCUCACUGUGAGAUGGGCCUCAUUGUCGGAACUGGCACCAAUGCCUGCUACAUGGAGGAGCUCCGGAAUGUGGCAAGUGUGGCUGGGGAUUCUGGCUACAUGUGCAUCAAUAUGGAGUGGGGUGCCUUUGGGGAUGAUGGCUCACUGAGCAUGCUCAGCACCUGUUUUGAUGCUAGUGUGGACCAGGCAUCCAUCAAUCCGGGCAAGCAGAGGUUUGAGAAGAUGAUCAGUGGCAUGUACCUGGGGGAGAUCGUCCGCCAUAUCCUCUUGCAUUUAACCAGCCUUGGAGUUCUCUUCCAGGGCCAGCAGACCCAGUGCCUUCAGACCAGGGACAUCUUCAAAACCAAGUUUCUUUCUGAGAUUGAAAGUGACAGCCUGGCCCUGCGGCAGGUCCGAGCCAUCCUGGAGGAUCUAGGUCUGACCCUGACCUCCGACGAUGCCCUAAUGGUCCUAGAGGUAUGCCAAGCUGUGUCCCGGAGGGCUGCCCAACUCUGUGGAGCAGGUGUGGCUGCUGUAGUGGAAAAGAUACGAGAGAACAGAGGCCUGGAGGAGCUAACCGUGUCUGUGGGAGUGGAUGGGACCCUCUACAAGCUUCACCCCCACUUCUCUAGCCUGGUAUCAGCGACAGUGAGGAAACUGGCCCCUCAUUGCACAGUCACCUUCUUGCAGUCAGAAGAUGGGUCUGGCAAAGGUGCAGCUUUGGUCACUGCUGUUGCCUGUCGCCUUGCCCAGACAACCCGUGUCUGAGGAAAUCUCCAGGAAUCAUGGGCUCUUAGCCUGAACUUCACUGGACUAGAGCCUGAGCCUGAGCCUGGCCUGACCUUCUGGCAGGCCUAGCCACAUACAACUCCCCAAAGAGCUCGUGUGUGACCCCUUAUGACCAUCUGCCCUUAUAAUCUGGCUUUCUCUGAGAGAAGUAACACUCUGAUUAGCAAUAUAUAUAUAUAAUUUAUUUA